CGCGCGAGACGAGUCGGGCAGCCCCGCACGAGAACGAGGGGUGGAAAAAAAAACUAAAAAAAAAAAAAAUCUAAGAGGGGAAAAAAAAAACUCGGUGAAUUUGGUGGCUUCGGGCAGAUUUGGACGGAGUUUCCGAACUGUCCCGGCCCGAGGGAGCCCCCGGGGAGGACAGAGAGUCGCCAGCACCGAAAUGAUGGAAGAUUCCCAUUUUAACUCAUCAUACUUUUGGUCUCCCGUUCCAACAGUACAAGGACAGAUCGAAAACGCCAUGUUCCUAAACAAGAUGAAGGAGCAGCUGGGGCCUGACAAGAACCCCUCCUUCCCCCACGCCUCCUCACACUACCCCGCUGCCGUGCUCACCGUGCCAGGCUCGGUUGCCAUGGACGCAGGGGCGGCCGCGGGGUCACGGGCGCCCAAGCAGGAAGGGGGAGGGGGCACCCCGCUGGCGGGCAGCGGCCACCUGCACCCGCCGCACACCUCCCAGAACAUCACCGUGGUGCCCGUCCCCUCCACAGGCAUCAUGACGGCAGCGGGGCUAGUGAUAACCACUCCCCAGGGCACGCUGGUCUCUCCUCCCUCCUCGUCACAGUCUUUUGUUUCCGGGCCCCCCACCACCACCAUGAUAGUGUCCACGCUGCACCCACCAAACACAGAGACAGGCCGUCCCUCCUCUCUCUACCUCUACAGCCACAACAAAAAAGAGGAUGCCAGCGUUUCUCCAGCGGUCGUCAUGCCAGCACCCUCAAAGAGGGGCAGGAAGAAGAAGUCCAUGAUGCCAAGGGCGGGUCCUGUCACCAGCCACGCCCUCCCCACAGGAAGUGAUGCUCUGAUCCUGGCACACCUUGCAGCAGGGGGCCAGCACCAUACAGCUGACCCGUAUGACCUUUCGAACGACGAAGAUGACCAUACAAACAAAGAUGGGAACAAAUCUUACAGGUGCCGGAUGUGUGCGGUGACCUUCUUCAGUAAGUCAGACAUGCAGAUCCACGCCAAGUCGCACACGGAGGCCAAACCACACAAGUGCCCCCACUGCUCCAAGUCGUUCGCCAACUCCAGCUACCUGGCCCAGCACAUCCGCAUCCACAGCGGGGCCAAGCCCUACACCUGCUCCUACUGCCAGAAAACAUUCAGACAGCUCAGUCACCUACAGCAGCACACACGAAACCACACAGAGGCCAAACCGCACAAGUGCCCCCACUGCUCCAAAUCGUUCGCCAACUCCAGCUACCUGGCCCAGCACAUCCGCAUCCACAGCGGGGCCAAGCCCUACACCUGCUCCUACUGCCAGAAAACAUUCAGGCAGCUCAGUCACCUACAGCAGCACAACAGGAUCCACACCGGAGACAGGCCUUAUAAAUGUGUGCACCCUGGCUGUGAGAAAGCAUUCACUCAGCUGUCCAACCUGCAGUCUCAUCGUCGGCAACACAACAAGGACAAACCAUUUAAGUGCCACAACUGCCACCGGGCCUACACAGACUCGGCCAGCCUCGAGGUGCACCUGUCCACCCACACGGUGAAACACGCCAAGCUCUACUCCUGUGGCCUGUGCAACCGUGCCUACACCUCGGAGACGUACCUUAUGAAACACAUGCGGAAGCACAACCCGGACCCCCUGACGGUGGCGGCGGCCGUGGCGGCUCAGCAGGCCCAGCAGCAGCAGCAGCAGCAGAACCAGAACCAGGCCGGUGGGGCCGGGGGGCAGGGCCGGGGGGAGAGGGGCGAGGGCGGGGCCGCCGGAGCGGGAGGCGGCGGCCAGGGGCAAAACCAGGGCAACCCCAACACUCCCGGCAGCUACCCCCAGGCGGAGGGAGGGGUGCCCUGCCCCUUCGACCUGCACCAGUACAAGACGGUGUCCGCCGGGGAGCUCCAGUACAAGCCGGUCAGCGUGGCGGACCUGGCGGCCCACAAGGACCUCUGCCUCACCGUGUCCACCUCAGCCAUCCAGGUGGAGCACCUCAACUCAUAGAGCUGGGCGCCCUGCAACCAAAGGGAAGGAGGCAAAAAAAAAAAAAGAACUGUACAGGCGAGAUUUUCUCAAACAGGCUGAACGGGGGGGGGUUGGCGUGGGCGUGUGGAACGGUGGGGGAAGAUGGACGGAUGGGCGGAAUGGUUGGGAAGAUGGAUUCUUGAUCCUAUGGAUUUUUGAUCAGAGUUUACCGGAGCAGGAGUGAGGGAGUGGCGGAAGGAGCUAGGGUGCAGAGAUGGGGAGGGGGGUGGUCUCUCACCUUUCCUUUCACGUUUGCCUGCUUUACUUCAUGUGUACUUUUCUGUUGUCGGAGGAAGUGUGUUUGAGCAGGGGGAGGCAAGCGAGUGCAAGGGGGCGAGGCUUCUCCCAUUUUUUUUUUUUAAACUUUUUUUCAUCAUUUUAUAUUUUCCUGCUCUUUUCCUGAAAAGCUAUGUAAAGGACGAGAUGGUGCUGAAACAGAUGAGUGAUGAUGAUGAUGAUUUAUGAUAACAUUAUUGAUGAUUUUGCCAUCAGGUACUAUUUGCGAAUCUUAUUUAGGCUUUCAUGCCAGUAGACCUAAACUACAGUUCUCAUAGUUA